AAUUUCGGCUCGGAAAAAAAAGAAACUGCAGUCGGCCUCCACCGGUCUAGCCUGCUCCCUGCUGUCAUCCGCUGCUGCAGAGCGUCAACGGCCUGUCUUGUCCAGUAACGGCUCGCCCCAGACACACCAACCCCGGUCACAAUUCGCGCUUGGAUGGCUUGGAUAGUGGGUGACCAUCGCGAUAAACGACCACAACCCGGCCAAUACUCCUUGCUCCCUGUCCUGUUAUUCCCCUCGUGCUGCUCCUCCUCCUCCUCUCUGCAGCAGUGUGCAGCUGACGGUGGCCUCCAAUCGCGUCACACCCAGCCAAACAUAUCGAUACACAACAACACAGCACAACACAACGACACCCACUCUCGACAUAAACAUAAGCCCGACCCUCCACGCCUCGCACAAACUCCCCCUCCUUGACCUUCUCUGCCAGUCCCACGAUCUCGCCCUGGUACAGUACAAGGUACCGAAACAAAACCCUCGUCUCUCUCCCCCGCUCUCA